AUGGGCAUCCCCGUAGACAGAGCGACUCUAGCUGGCCUGUUCGCCAGUUCUGUACUCUACGGCAUGUUCUUGAUGUUACUGGCUUCCUGUCUCUAUGUAUUGCUCUGUAGACGAAAUACGCUCAACCCAAACUACUUGCUCAUUCUCGCUGCAUGCUUGAUGCUUGUGGUGAAUACGUUCAUCCUGGCAUUCUCCUUCUCAAGGGUUCUCGAUGCAUUUAUCUAUCUGAAAGGGAAUACAACAAGCCCGGACGAGUACCUGACCAUGCUAUCACAGUGGAAGGAGGUCGCUAGGACCUCAGCAUGCUCGUUUUACAUAUUCGUGGCCGACCUCACCCUGAUCUAUCGAUGCUGGAUAGUCUGGUCUCGAUCGUUUGCGAUCGUGUUCUUCCCAAUUAUGAUCCACAUUGCCUACAUGGUGACAAGCAUUUUUCUCAAUGUCAAUCUGGCACACUUACCUCAAGGCGCUACUAUAUUCGAUCCAGCCGUCAAAUCAUGGAUCGCAGCAGCUCUUGCAAUAUCCUCAGGACAAAACGUGAUCGUAACCUCGCUCAUUGCCUUCAAGAUCCUCUCGGUGAACAUUCGAGCAACAGGAAAACGACUGGGAACGCUUAGCAAGACAGUUCAAAUUAUUGUGGAGUCGGGACUGACCUACGUGAUCACGGUGUUGGUAUAUCUCAUCACGUAUACGGCGAACAGCAACGCGCAGUAUGUCAUGAUAGACAUCCUCAACCCAAUCAUUGGAAUCACAUUCAGUCUUCUUGUUGUACGAGUUGCUAUGAGACGAGGGCCAGAGUCGUCCAGCACGGAUGAGAUUGCCCCAUCUUCUCGACCUGAAGUGCUUCGACUUCCCCAAUCGGUUGUGGUUACUGUGCAGCAAUCCGAAGUCGUCGAAGGCCUCGACUCAACAUCCGACUUGGAUGUUACCAAGUAUGGCACCACAUCAGGCCUUCCGUUACGGGAUGUUGAGUUAGAGCAUGAUGUUGCGGUUUGA